AUGGCGUCUUUAAAUCUGAAGUCGAAGAAAAGGGAUAAAGGCGAUGAACCCGACAAGAAAAGGCUGGUCAUCGCCGGAAUCCGACACCAGUUACUGCUUCUCCUUCGCCGCCGUCACCGUCUAUUCCCGCUUGUUUCUGCCGUCUCCGGCGGUCUCCUCCUUUUCCUCCUCUUCUCCUUUUCUUUACUUUCUCCUCCUCCCGUGAUCCAUCGCUCACCACUACGCAGGAACAAUCAAGUGACCGUGGAACCCAGUUCAGACCCCAUUCCCACGGCACAGUUCCUUGUACCCGAAAAUGGCGGAAGAUCCGAUCGCCAGUUAUGGAGCUCGAGAAUGUCCAAGUCCUACUAUGGCUGCAGCAAUGCCACUGACACAUUUCAAGUUUUGGAUAAGACAAGUCAAAGAGAUCGAUAUUUACUGAUCGCUACAAGCGGAGGGUUAAACCAACAGCGAACAGGGAUAAUAGAUGCUGUAGUUGCGGCUUACAUUCUGAAUGCCACUCUUGUGGUCCCUAAACUAGACCAGAAAUCAUACUGGAAGGACACCAGCAACUUUGAAGAGAUAUUUGAUGUUGAUUGGUUCAUUUCGCAUCUCUCCAAAGAUGUCAAGAUCGUCAAGGAGCUCCCUAGAGGAGAAGAGUCAAGACUCGUUGGCUUACAGUCAAUGCGUGUCCCCAGGAAGUGCACACCCUCUUGCUACUUGCAGCGUGUUUUGCCCGUUCUUAAUAAGAAGCAUAUUGUACAACUCUCCAAAUUCGAUUACAGGCUGUCCAACAAUCUGGAUACAGAGCUGCAGAAGCUGAGGUGUAGAGUGAACUACCAUGCGGUGAGAUAUACAGAGUCUAUCAACAGGAUGGGCCAAAUGCUGGUUGACCGGAUGAGAAACAAAGCCAAACACUUCGUUGCCCUUCAUCUCAGGUUCGAACCUGAUAUGUUGGCCUUCUCCGGAUGCUAUUAUGGGGGAGGCCAGAAAGAGAGACUUGAACUCGGAGCUAUGAGAAGAAGGUGGAAAACAUUACAUGCGGCAAACCCUGACAAGGUAAGGCAGCACGGGAGAUGUCCGCUGACGCCAGAGGAAAUCGGUCUGAUGCUUAGGGGCUUAGGCUUUGGGAGAGAGGUUCACUUGUACGUUGCAUCAGGCGAGGUCUACGGAGGGGAGGAUACACUGGCACCACUGAGAGCUCUGUUUCCAAAUCUCCAUACGAAAGAGACAUUGGCCUCCAAGAAAGAAUUGGCUCCGUUUGCGCGCUUCUCAUCACGCAUGGCUGCUCUUGACUUCAUCGUCUGUGAUGAGAGCGACGCAUUUGUCACCAACAACAACGGCAACAUGGCUAGAAUCUUAGCUGGAAGAAGGAGAUACUUGGGACACAAAUUGACCAUACGUCCGAACGCCAAGAAACUGUACAAACUCUUCACAAACAGACACAACAUGACAUGGGAUGAAUUCUCAUCCAAGGUCCGGAGAUACCAGACAGGGUUCAUGGGGGAACCAGAUGAAAUGAAAGCAGGACAAGGCGAGUUCCAUGAGAACCCAACCUCAUGCAUUUGUAGAACCUCGGAUUCAAAGUUCAAUGAAACAGCAGAUGAGCAUGACUCAUGGGCGUACUCAGAAACAGGGAAUGUCCCCUUGCCCUCUAGAAGCGAUUCGGAUCAAUCAGAAGUUGAUGAAGAGAUCUUCUUAGACUAAUUAUCUCCACCCUUUUUUCUAAUUAAUUUAUUUAUUUAGCCUCGUUUCAUGCAAGCAUCAACAACAUUCUUUUUCCAAAAGAGAAAGAAUAUCUUCGCCAAAAAAAAA